UUUGCUCAGGCACCCGGGGGAGGAGGUGUUUGCAUUUCUCCGCAGGACCAGCUCGCUUUGCAGAGCAUUGUCUGGGUAUGAGAAUCACACACAGGCACAGGGGAGCAUCUCAGCCCGGCACAGCAUCUCAGCCAGCCCGAGCACCCCUCUCAUCCCCCGCCCCGCCCCGAGCACCGACACCCCUUUAAAAAAAAAGAAAACAAAAAUUAGAGAGGGGGGAAAAAGUUUUAAAAUAUCCCACCUCCCUUCUUGCUUUUAUUUUGUUGUUUGGGUUUGUUAGGGGUUUUUUUUUUGUUUUUUUUUUUUUUUUCUGAUUUAGCGAUGGCAAAUUCCUUCACGGCCAGGAGCUGGCCUAUCCCCUGAGCAAAGGCAGCCUGGACAUGUGCGGCAGGCGAGGGAGGAGGAAUUUGGAUUCCCUUCGGAGGCGCCGACCCCUCCCGCGGCCGGGGGCAGCGCGGCCGCUCGGAGCCAGCGCGGGCAGCGGGGCCGGCCCGCUCCCCGCGGCCACGGAGCCCGCCCGCGGGCAUGCGGCACCGCCAGCGCCGGGACGGAGCCCUGCUGCAAUGAGAUCUUGAUGUGAAGACCUCAAAAUAUCAGCAAAGCCUGUGCUUCAGCUCUAAUCUCACUGUUAAUGAGCAAAACUUGUCCAAAAUUAGAGGAGAAGAUGGCCAUCAACUGGAAGGUCUGCUUCUUCAGCCUCGUAUUGCUCCCUGUGGCUGCAGCAACCCAUUCCAACUGCAUCAUUAAAAAGGAGCAAGAGACUUGUCUGGAGAAGAUCCGGAGGGCGACGGCCCUGAACCCUCUCAAUGACUCUUCUCCGGGGUGCCCAGGAAUGUGGGACAAUAUCACAUGCUGGAAACCUGCAAGUGUGGGAGAAAUUGUCUUUGUCAAGUGUCCUGCACUCUUCAGAUUUAUCAUCUCUGAAGAUGGUUGGGAAGUGGAUAAUUUGGGGCAAACCCACGCAGGUGAUUAUGACCUGCUGGAAAGCACAGCCCAGUCUCUCCUAGGGGACAUCAGCAGGAAUUGCACUGAAGAUGGCUGGUCUGAACCUUUCCCUCAUUAUUACGAUGCCUGCGGCUUCGAUGAGAACGAAACAGAGUCUGAUAACCAGGAUUACUACUAUCUCUCAGUGAAGGCUCUGUACACGGUGGGAUACAGCACUUCCCUGGUUUCCCUCACCACUGCCAUGGUCAUCCUGUGUCGCUUCAGGAAGCUUCACUGCACUCGGAAUUUCAUCCACAUGAACCUUUUUGUUUCAUUCAUCCUCCGUGCAAUAUCUGUGUUCAUCAAGGAUGGAGUUCUUUAUGCUGAGCAGGAUGGAAACCACUGCUUUAUCUCCACGGUGGAAUGCAAAGCAGUGAUGGUGUUUUUUCACUACUGUGUCAUGUCCAACUACUUCUGGCUGUUCAUCGAGGGGUUGUACCUCUUCACUUUGUUGGUGGAGACCUUCUUCCCAGAGAGGAGAUAUUUCUACUGGUACACAAUCAUUGGCUGGGGUACCCCGACAAUUUGUGUCACUGUCUGGGCAGUGCUGAGGCUCCACUUCGAUGACACUGGCUGCUGGGACAUGAAUGACAACACUGCCUUGUGGUGGGUGAUCAAGGGUCCCGUGGUUGGGUCAAUCAUGAUAAACUUUGUGCUUUUUAUUGGCAUAAUUGUGAUACUUGUGCAGAAACUCCAGUCACCUGACAUCGGGGGCAAUGAAUCCAGCAUUUACUUCACCCUCCCUCUUCCUCCCAGAUGCAGCUGCAGUCCCUGCCCAGGACACUUGCGCAGCUGCGUUCAGAAAUGCUACUGUAAGCCUAAGAGGGCUAACCAGCACUCUUGCAAGAUGUCAGAACUAUCAACCAUUACCCUGAGACUGGCUCGCUCCACCCUGCUGCUGAUCCCUUUGUUUGGAAUUCACUACACGGUGUUUGCCUUUUCUCCUGAGAAUGUCAGUAAGAGGGAGAGGCUGGUGUUUGAAUUGGGACUGGGAUCCUUCCAGGGUUUUGUUGUUGCUGUUCUCUACUGCUUCUUGAAUGGGGAGUUUCUCCCUAAAGGUGCAAUCAGAAAUAAAGAGAAAAUGGAGGAGCUGGAAAGUCAACCGGUAUUUUGCUGUGGAUUUCAAACAUCGCCAUCCUUCUCUAGCGAGCAGCGGAGUGAACGGGGGGACACAACUCUCCAUUCUGAGCAAGAGCAGCUCUCAGAUUCGGAUGUCCAGCAUAAAUGCAGAGAACCUGGCGACAUGAGCAGCUGAGGAGAGCAAAGCAACCAACGAGCAAACCAAAAACCAUCCCUUGAAAAAGAAAAAAAAGGAAAUAAUAGUUUUGGUGGUGGUGCAGGUCUCGCUUCCUUUCCUUUCCUUUCCUUUCCUUUCCUUUCCUUUCCUUUCCUUUCCUUUCCUUUCCUUUCCUUUCCUUUCCUUUCCUUUCCUUUCCUUUCCUUUCCUUUCCUUUCCUUUCCUUUCCUUUCCUUUCCUUUCCUUUCCUUUCCUUUCCUUUCCUUUCCUUUCCUUUCCUUUCCUUUCCUUUCCUUUCCUUUCCUUUCCUUUCCUUUCCUUUCCUUUCCUUUCCUCUCCUACCCUGAGGUGAAAAAGCAAAUGAAACGUGUAAAUAUCUCUUUUUAACAGUCACUGUAAAUACCCAGCUGUACUCAAGGCCAUUAAUGGAGAAUGUUUAAAAGACAAACAAGAGGCCAAACCCACCCACUCAACUAUUCCCAUUUCAGAGCAUCUGCGAGUAAUCCGUGUCCGUCCAAAGUAAAAAGUGAUUGCUGUGCAGUUGUGAUCCUUGGUUGCCAAACUGAUCCUACUCUGUGAAUGGACAUGACCGUUCUCAUUUCUCCACUUGGUUUCCAUUUUGGGUUGGAUUUGCCUAUUUUUGUUUUUCCCUGGUCCAACAUGUCUUAGCCUGUCCCUGUCUUUUGGCACGUGAAUUUCCGCAGUGUUUCUCUUUGGAGUCUUAGGAUGGAGCUAACGUGCUUGGGUGGAUCAAUCCAGCUGAUUCAGGAGGACCUCCAGAAAAUUGAGUUUGUGGCUGGAUUCAGACAUUCCCGAUGGAUUUAGAGGAACAGCUGUGCCAACACCAAACUGCACAUCAGUGCAGGAACUGCAGGCGAGAGCAGUGGGACCUGCUGUGCUUUCCGUACCCAGGGACACUCCCAGGAAUGCUUUCUGUUCUAGCUAAGCUGUGAAUUUUCUAAAAGGGCCAUGCAGUUGAGAUAUAGCUCUAUUUUUGGCAUCGAUUGAUAGAUUGAUCAUUUGGACUCUUUAUAACACAAAUAACUGUCCCUCCCCUCCCACCUUAAGAGCAAGAGGCAGUUCCAGGGUGGCCUUUCCCUCCAGAUGACCUUGAACACUCUGCUCCAGUGGCCACACGUGCCGUGGGUGGCUUGGGGGGCAGUGCUGUCACACAGAGUGCCGUGCCUUUGCAGCCUGGUUGACUUCUGAGUGCUGACUCUUCCCUGCCAGAGCAAAGAGGCACAUGAAGGACCUGGUGGGAUCACCCUGGAAGGUAAAAAAAAAUCACCUGCAUUUGGUGAGGAAAAAAACCAACUAAACACUAGGAUGGCACGGAAGGAAAGGAUAAAGACUUUGGAUGACUUCCCACACCUGGCAGUUCUCUCUCUCUUGGGAUAUUCUGUUUGUUUCACCACCAAUGGUCUUACUGCUUUUCUUGGAGAGGAACUCGAAUGUUCUUUCAACCUUUGCCUUGUAGUUAAAGCCACGACUGCUACAAAUCUACUUCAACCCAAUGUCGAUGAUGUCAAUUCUUAAGAGUCUUUAUACAGCGCAACAAAAAAAAAGGCCUCAAGGGCCGUCCUAGCGCUCCCUUCAUCUUGGAUUUAUGAAUUUAUGAACUGAGAAAUAUAUAUAUAUAUCAAAUAUAUAUAUAUGUGCGUGUACGUGUAUGCAUAUAUUACAAACAAAGAUGAAAAUGGCAUUUUAAAUGUGAAGUUUUGAACUGAAACUAAUAGUAACCAGGAAAUUCAAAAUUCAGGCUUGUACUUCGGAGUUAGUUGACAUGAUCAUAAACUAAAAACAGAAAAAAAAGUGAAAUACUUGGAAUUUUAGUGUCAGCUGAGUGUGAGCUUUUAAUUUCACUGGUUUUUGUUAGUUUAAGUACAAAAGAAAAAAGAGUUUUGAUGUCAUUUUAAGCAGAGAUUUUUAAAGAUAAUCCUAGUUUACUUAUUUUUAAAAGGAGAAAAAAAAGAAAGGUCUCAGAAAGUUGUGAAAGAAAUAAUUAUUAUAAUAAUACUUAACACUUAUAUAAUCCUUUAUGGGAAUAUUCUGCUCUUGGCUGGAGCCGUCUAAAUGAAUGUAAAUUAAAUUCAAAACAGACAGAAAUGUUGUUUCAGGUCAUUUUGAUACAGGAUCCUGCUCUUAAGAGAUGGGGACAGCCCUGUCAUGUGAAAUCUGCCAUGGCACAGAGGACCAGCAGAACAGCUGAAACCACUUCCACUGCACUCCAGAUUCAUAGAUGGGAUUUAUAUGAUCCAAACACCUUUUUUCCCCCAAAUUUACAGCACUGAUUUGCUGCUCUGAGAGCAGAAUUUUUUUUCCCUCUUCCCAUCUCUCUGCAAAAGUCAGUGUUUUUAACUGGUAGAUUGUCCCUUCAUCUUUCUUCAGGUGUUUCUUAAAGCUAUUUUAGAAUGUUUCUCCAGGAAUCAGGUACUUUGCUGUCCAGACAGAGUUGGGGAAAGGCAGAUUUAUCAGGUAAAUGAAAUUUGGAAAAUUUAUGUAGGGCUUUCACAAGGAUUAUAUUGCCAACUCUGUAAAUGCAUUAUUAAAAAAAAUUGCUAUUUUUUUGCAUGAAUGGCUAUUAGCCAGUUUUCAAUCAUUAAUAAUUUAGUAUUGUAGAGAAAAAGAUGUCAAAAACUGCCUCUAGAUGGAGACUUUUUCUUGUUUCAGCCCAGAGCAAGAAGGUGUUUGGAUCUUUUCUUUAUUUUUUUGCUAUUAUUGAAAUUAUUCUGAGCUUACUUCUGGUUUUGUUGUUUUCCUGGCCAUCCUAGAGUGCUCUGCAGUUUGAGUUGGUGGAUCUCAGUCCAGUGCCUUGUGGGCAAACGUCCACAUCACCAAAACCACCCUCUGACCCUGCACAUUGGAGACCAGGUCCUCAGCUAAAUUAAAUCACUACAGAAAACUGCUGUUAUUGUUAGAAUAAACUUCACCUGGAAUUGGGAUUUGGCCUCAGCACAUUGUUAUUACCUUUAAUUUUUGGUGGUCCCAGAUAGAGAGCCCAAGGAUGGAAAAGUUGUGAAAAGUUGGAUUUGCUCCUUAAUUCUUUGAGCCAAUGCUUAGGAGUUUGGAGAGCAGUGGAAGAGAAAUUUCUACUGUUGCACACAUUGUGUUUCUUGUUCAGUAGAAAAAUUGAAUCUGUUCACCAGCACUGAAUUUACCAGAAGAAAUGAGAUCUUCAACAUAUUAAAUAUAAAAUAUAUUACACAAAAAAACCCCCAAAACCUUCUAUUAUGAUUUUAUUUAUCUGAAGAAAAGUGUUGAUGCACUGGCAGAUCUGGCUUUUCCUGAGUCGCUGGAACUUUCCCAGUGUCCCUGGAAGGGACAGGUCACACUUUAGAUGGACACAGUUAUGGGAUCCAGACUCUGAUGCCAUGGCACAAACGAGCUCUCCACAAAUCUCUCUGUUGAAUGUAAGCUGCAGGUGCUGGCCAGGCGUGGCCACCCCACAGUGGCUGUUUUUCCAUUUGUUUCAGGAGGGAAGAAUCCAGUUUGCUUCUCUGUGUGUGUAAAUAUCAACUGAGUGUAACAGUGCUUUGUUUGAUUUUUCACUGUGAAAUAUAUUUUGGAGCUAGAAAGGCUGUGUUAUUAAAAACAGUACACAAUUAAAACAAACAAACAAAAAAAAAGUGUGCAGUGCUCCUUGAGCCAUUUUUUCUACCAUAUCCAUAAUGUAUUUCCUGUCUAAUUUUCUUAUUUUGCUUUUAUAAAUGUACAGAAAACUUUUUGUGCCGCAGGUUUUGUGACUAUUUACUGUAUCUAACCACUGUUUUGAUUAUUGACUUGUCAGUGUGGAGUGCUGGUACUGCAGGACAAUUCACAUCCCAAAAAUGAAAACUACAACCUAGAUUGUAAAGGACAAGGCAGUUUCAUUGCUGCAUGGUGAUGUCACCUUUUACUUUCACUUUUAGUAUUUUUGGAAGUCAGAGUCCAGGGAAAGAACCUUAAAUGCUUAGUUCUGGGAAGUUUUGAAUCAUAGAGGAAAAAUACUCAAGUUCCCCUGCAUUAUUUCAAUAUUUGCAUUUGAAAACCAGGUGUUAAGACCUGGGAGAAGGGAUGAAGAUAGGUGAGUCCAGAGGAAAAUGCAGUUUGGAAAUUAAAUCCAGACACUUUAUUGGGUGAUUAAAUCCAGACACUUUAUUGGGUGUUUGGCUGCUCCCUUUCAGCAUCUGUCUCUCAUUGCACCUUAAGGACAAUGCCCUGCAAUGACAAGGCUAAAUAACAACCAGAAGUGGCCAUGAACUGAUAAUUUGAGUUUCCCUUUGCAAAGACGACUCUCCCUGGACUCUCUCCAUCAUCAAUGGCAAGUGUGAGAUAACUUCCAGAAGGGAAUGAAGUUCACAGAAUCAACAACCAAGGCAGGAGGUGACCUUGAAUGACAAAUUUGGUCCAACCUUUCAUGAAAAAGGGAGCCAGGAUGAGUUUAUCCCACACCUUGUCCAGCCACCUCUUGAAAACCUCCCUUGGCAGGGACCACACCACACCUCUGGGGAGGUUAUUCCCACAAAUGGCUGUUCUCACUCUAAAAAUAAUUCUCUCUUAUAUCAAGAUGAUCCCUCUCCUGGUGCAGCUUGUCACGCUUGUAUUCUCCAUGUGGAUCCCUGUGGAGAAGAGAACCUUCAUCCUCUUUCUGGCCACUCUUUUUGGUGAGGUCUCCACUGAGGCUUCAGUUCUCCAAGGAAAAAUUCCUUCAGUUUUUCUUCACUGCCCCCAUUGUCCAUCCCUCUGAUGAUCCUCAUGGUCCUCCUUGUGACCUUCUCCAGUCUGGCCACUUCUUUCUUGCAUUUUGUGGACCAGAAUGGGACACAAGAGUGAGUUUCUGGGACUCAUGUUAAAAACCUGACUGUGAGACUCCGAUCCUCCUCAGCAGUGACAGAAGAAUUAGUUGCCAUAAUUUGCCUUUCCCCCAGGUAUUAUAAAAUGGUAGCUUUUCAUAAUAUUUUCAUAUCAAAGGUGAAUGAAAUUCCACUUCUGUUUGCAGAUGAAGGAACUUCUGGUCAGCUCAAAAAUUCAGGUUUUUUUCAAAAUCCCCACGGACAAAAGACACCAGUAACUAAAAAUAGGCAAAGCCAAAAUGAUUGAGAACAAAACAUAUUCACUCACUGUGAAGGAAGUUCUUUAAUUGCUAUUAUUUUCAUAUUAUUUUACUCCUAAAACUGAUUUCUAAACUGAUCAGCUCUCCUUUUAAAAUUCAGCAUCUUUUUUUCACCUUCUCUUCCCACUGGAAAGUUCCUGUAAAACUUUUUUGGCAGUUAAAAACCUUUAUCUGAAUCUGGAGUUGAAAUAACUCCUGGCUCACUUGGAUUCCUUGUCAUACUGAUCUUGCCUCCAGUUCCCUUCUCUUUUCCUGAGAUAUAAACAGCUUUAUUUCAGAUGAAGUCUACAGUUUGUCUUUGAUCAUACAGCUGCAAGAUAAGACUAACAAUAAUCAUGCUAUUAAGCUGCAUUUCUCUCAGCUCUAAUCCAAAUUUGACAGCAAAACCAGUGCAAAGAAUCAAAGACAGACAGACACGGAUUCAUUAAAAAUAGCAGGAAAAUUACCUGGAAGCUGCUGGCCAAGCAUCCUUGGAGGGGAAAGGAAAUAAAAAAGGAACAAUAAAAAAUUAAGAGAAAAAAAUUCCAAUUCUUGAAAACAUAUAAAUGAGAUUUGGGUUUGAGCAAUUUUUUUCAGCCAAAUCUAAAAGGAAAAUAACUCCAAUACUUUGCUUUUCUAUUUUCAAUUAUAAUCAUGCAAGGGAAGCUUUUCCAACCAAAUAGAUGGGACACACAUUCAGCCAAAAUACUGCAGGAAAUCAUUAUUAAAAAUAGGUUAAAAUACACUGAUGGUGUCAGUUUAGGAGGUUUCAGUGUUUUUGUCUGACACUACUACUAAAUCUCUACUAAAUCUGGCCUGUGAACCAUAUAAAUAUCUAACUGCACACUAUUUUUCCAGCCCAAUCCUGACAGAAAUUAGAUAUCAAAAUUUCAGAAUAUUAGCAAAAAAAAAAAAAAAGAAAUAUUGUUCACAGUGAAUUAAACAAUAGCAACAAAAGAAGUGCAAACCCCAUUCAUUUAACUGGCGUUAUUUGCCUUGCUAUUUGAACUUGCGUUUCAAGAGUGUUUCAGAAACAAUUGCCCAUGUCAGAAGUUUUCAGUCUGUGACCUGUGGAGGCUCCAGAGCCCAGAGGUGGUUUUUGAAGUGUCCGUGGAUGAUUAAUAAGGAAAUUACAUUCAUUCUUUGUAUAGCAAUAGAUUCUUUAAGGCUGUUGAAGAGUUUUAGUCCUUUCUGUAUUUAUGCAAAGGCUCCCACAGAUCAAAAACCUAGAAAAUUCAAUAAAUUAAGAUUUUCCCCAUAAAACUAUGUGAUUCCACAAUACCAAACCUUCUCUUUUGUUCAGAGAUCUUUCUCAUGUGGACAAGGCUUCCAGAGCAAGGUGUGCUUAUAUUAUUAAUAUUGUUCUUCUGUCACCUCAGCAGAGCUGCCACAGCAUGGGAGGUGGUGAGAACAGGGUACAUGGACACUACAUGGGAUCCUGCUGGGCAUCCAGACAGGAUUAGUGUCUGCUGCAGCUCCUAAGUCAUAUCUGUGGAUAUCUAGGAAAGAGAUAAACUCAGAGUGGGGUUCAGUCCAAACUCAGACUUCAUAAUCUCAGUGGAGGCAGUGUUCCUUGGGCUCCUGUUUCUGGAACUGUAGAAACAUACAUAAUGCAAAACUACAACCAAAUAUCUGUUCUUAAGUAGUUUUGUUCCUUAGGAGUUGAAUAUCAAGGCCUGUAUUAGAUGUGUCCCUUUCUACAUCUGGCACUACUGGGAUGAGCUAUUCUGGCUCAGUUAAACCUCUGGAAGAGAUCUUGAGCAGAAGGCUAAGGACACACCCACAUCAAUUAGACACUAAAAGGGAAAAUUUCUUCCUUUAAUCUGGUUUCUCCACUUUGCCUUUUUGUCACAAGAGAGAAAUGAGCAAUUUUAGAGGACAAACAUCAAACAUUUUUGAUGUCUGCUCCAGGGUGAGAUGAUUCACACUUUGCAAGUGGCUGUUUCUCUCCUCCAGGACAUCUCCCUGACCAGAUUAGAGACAGAUGCUGACCCUGGGGUGGCCUAGAUUGAAAUUAAUUUUCCCUGGCAACUUUGCCCAGUCAUUAUUGUUCUGUCUCUUGCAUGCUGAGAAAUUAGGGUCUUGAAAAGCUUUGAGCUGGCUCCUGUUGGGUGUUACCAGCCAGAUUUGGGGGAGGUGGAUGCCUGGUAAAGAGUUAGGAGCUCUCAUGGAGAGUUUUCAGUGUGAUGUGUCAGAUUGUGUCCACAGAGCCAGCACUUCUGUGUCCAGGAACAAACCAUAGUAACAGUGCACGUGCAGUAAAAAAAUAAAACAGAAAGGAUUUUGCCCUCUGAUUUUAGCAGUCAGGCACAUGCAACCAGUUCAGAAUUGCAUCUGAGAACAAGUUAGGAGGAUAUGGAGGAUGCAGUAGCAGCUGAGGAUGCUCUGAUGUUAAUGAUGCUCGUGUAUAUCUGUACUAAAGAGCUAAGUUCAGCUAAAUACACAUUGUACUUUGUGUAUGAAAACACACCAGCAGAGCUUGAACAAUGUUUUGAACCUCAUGGUCUUUCACCUUCUUAUGAUUCAAAUUGCAAUUUCCCAUUGGCUUUCUUUUGGGGAAUUCAUCCAUGUGAAGAAUUACUGUGUGAUAUGACACUGUGUGAUAUGACACUCUUCAGUGUCUGAAAUUACUUAGGCUUCUGCAUAUGUCUUUCCCAAUGGACUUUGUGCUUGCGGAGAAGUCUCAAGAGGCCUUUGUGUAUCAGUAUAAUCUGUAAAAAAACAAAUAUUUGGUGUGUUCAUUCUCUCUCCCUUCUACUUGUCAAUUUAGUGGCAAUGCACCCUGCUAUAGCUCUGAGAAGAACCAAGUUGUCAGAUGGAAAGCUGUAUUUUGGCUUUUGACUGUGUCAAGGUACAAAGUUACUGGCCUGUUGGGUCUAAUACUGACCUUUUUUGGUCAAAAUUGGUUUAAUUGGUAAUGGGAUCUGGGGUUAUUCAGCUUUGUUAUGAGGUGGAAACACAGAUAUCAACUGCUGCUUUCUAACCUUUUUUGUGUUUUGAGAAAUUGUUUUUAACAUGUAUACUGCUGUAGAUGACACAAUAAAUGUAUUAUCAUUUUGUAAAAGUCUGUUCUGAUAUAAAAUUGCACCAAAGAGAA